CCAUGUUUGUUGAUGUGUCAUAUCAAAGUGACUUCUUGUGCGAUCAGCUGGUAAGGCAGGGGGGUUCAAAGUUCAUUUUUAUCCCGAUUGUCUCCGCAUUGAAGCACAUCAUGGGUUUUUUGUGUUCGAUUUGAGCCAGAGGAGGACCUUGGAACAGCUCAGUCCUGCUACAGAUACACACAUGAUGGAAGGAUCAGAGGGUCAGUCCUUGUCGACGGCAUCGCACCAAGUGAAUCAGCUUCACAACAACACGCCUAAUGUUGAAGAGGAGGAAGAAAUCUCUCAUGACAGUGCGCAUGAGGUGGAAACCUGCAGUCAGGCAAAAGAUGAAUCGCAGCUUGACAGUGAAUCAAUCAAGACUACAGCACAUGCUGAGAUGGACACAGAGACAGAGCAGGAAGCUCAGACAUGCAGUCACAAACAUCCAGAUGUGAAAGAGGUGACUGCUGAUACGAGAACAGUUUCAAUGGAAAGCGCAAAACCUCCACUUAAUCCUUCAAAUGAGGGUGGUAGCACUUUGGUAGCCCCAGUAACUACUCUGGAUGUAGUGGAAAACUCUCCUUCUGUUCUUGAAGGGACAGUAGAUAUCUUAUUAACUUUUGAUGCUACCAUUCCAAAUGGCAGUGAGCAGCCAUCACUCGUGGUUAAAAAUUAUUCCACUGAGCCAUCACCUGGGGAGGAUAGUUGUUCAGCUGAGAGUCCAACAUCAUCUUCCGUUCAAAGCACUUCCAAAAACUCACCCACAGACUCGACAACAACCUCUGGUAUUUCUAAUGGACCCUCUACCCCGAGUUCUGACACCUUUAGCUCUUCGCUUGCUUCCAGCCCUCAAACCAGUGCCAAAAACCUGUUUCCCUCACAUUCCUCAGCAAGUCCUUAUGACACAGAUUGCAGCCGAAAGCUUAUUUCCCAGAUCCAGCGGUCACUGUCACAAGAGUCACUGCUAGACGAGCUUGAGUCGGAACUCUUGGCUUGUCAGCUGCCUCGGGAUGACAGUGGAGGUGAGCGGAAAGGGAGCUCACCUACCAACGGACUCCCCACAGACCAGGAGGGAUGCAUGGUAGUCUUUGAGAAGUGUGUGCAGUAUAAGUAUGCACAACAGGAGAAGGCUAUUCAAAAGCUGCUCGAGGAAAACAAGAGACAUCAAGAGCUGAUCCUGGGUAUUUGUUCAGAGAAAGACAAAAUGAGGGAUGAGUUGAAAAAGAAGACGGAAACAGAAAAGCAACAGAUGGCCACCAUUACAAGGUUGGAGGGAAGGGUGGAUGAGCUGCUGAAAGAAUUGAAGGAGUCGCGGGCUAAACUAAUUCACCAGGAGCAGUCAGCUAAGGCUGCUCUCCAGCAGAUGCAGAAGGAGACAACUUACCGGAUUGAGCAGGUGAAUAAAAAGUGUGAUGAGGCACGGCAAGAGAAGGAGACCAUGGUGAUGAAAUAUGUGCGGGGUGAGAAAGAGGCCCUUGACCUGAGGCGGGAUAAAGAAGCCCUGGAGAAGAAACUGAGGGAAGCCACUAAGGAGGUGGAUCGUCAGGCCCUCCGAGGAAACCAGCUGGCUCAGGAGAAAGGGCGGCUGCAACAGCUGUAUGAAGCAAAGGAAGGGGAGGUUGGCAGGUUGAGUCGCGAGGUGGAAAAACUGAAGGAGGAGAUCAACUCCCAUCUUAUCAAGGUCAAAUGGGCCCAGAACAAAUUAAAGAGUGAGGCAGAUGCACACAAGGAAACUAAAGACAAAUUGAGAGAGAGCACAUCCAAGUUGGCCCAGGCAAAGGAAGAGACGGAGCAGAUCCGCAAGAACUGCCAGGAUAUGAUCCGAACAUACCAGGAAUCAGAGGAGCUCAGGUCCAAUGAGCUUGAUGCUAAACUGAGGGAGACCAAAGGAGAGCUGGAGAAACACAAGCAGGAACAAACAGACCAGUUAGAGCUACACCGGGUGAAAGCCAAAGAGCUGGAAGACCUAAAGAAGAGCUAUAAAGAAUCCAUGGAUGAGCUCAGUACGCUACGCACCAAGUUAAAGUGUCUGGAGGACGAGCGUCCACGGUGGGAAGAUGAGCUGUCGAAAUACAGAGAGAUCAUCAACCGGCAAAAAACUGAGAUUGGCCGCCAGAGAGAAAAGCUUGAAGAGGUGACUGCACUUCAGGAGCAGCAUCAACGCGACGAACAGGAAAUCAAGUCUCUUCGUGAGGAAGUGGAUGGGCUGACCAAUCAAAUCUCUGACCUGCAGCGUGAUGUACAAGGCAGCAGAGAGCGUGAAGCUGAGUUAUUGGGCUUCACUGAGAAGUUGAGCAGCAAGAAUGCCCAGCUUCAGUCAGAGAGCAACGCACUACAGUCUCAGCUGGACCAGCUAACCAACAACUUCAUCGAGAUUCAAGGAAAGCUGGAAGAGACCACCAGGCUACUCGAUGACAAGUCGCAGCAACUGAAACGGGAAGAGGUGCUGAGGCAGCAAGAGGUGCAGAGUCUGCAGGAGGAGCGGGCAGGACUGCAGGCAGAAGUGGCCCAACUAAAAACCAGAGUAGAAGAGCUGAGGGAUGAGCUGGUGACUCAGAAAAGGAAACAAGCUGCAAACAUCAAAGACCUCACAAAACAACUAACACAAGCCCGAAAGAGGCUGGAGCAGGUUGAGAAUGGAGGGUGUGAACGGGAUGCCAGCAGUAUGGGCAGUCGCUCCAGUUCCUCAGGUACUACUCCAAGAUUUGGUUCUUUAAAUGCACGUCAUGGCGGGAGCAGUGGUGUUGAAGAGCGGUCACCAGAGAGCCAGUCAGGUCCUUCGGUGGUGGUUGUGGACAGCUUCCCAGAGGUCGACAAGGCUGUGCUCGUUGAGCGUAUCGUCCGUCUGCAAAAAGCCCUAGCUCGAAAGCAGGAGAAAAUCGAAUUUAUGGAGGACCACAUAAAACAACUAGUGGAAGAGAUCCGCAAAAAGACCAAAAUUAUCCAGAGCUAUGUGCUGAGAGAGGAGUCAGGGGCCCUCUCAUCAGAGGCAUCCGAUAUUAACAAGGCCCACCUCAGCCGGCGGGGAGGCAUCAUGGCUUCACUUUAUACCUCCCACCCGGCGGACAGCGGGCUGACCCUGGACCUGUCGCUGGAGAUUAACAGGAAGCUGCAGGCUGUGUUGGAGGACACGCUGCUGAAGAACAUUACGCUGAAGGAGAAUCUGCAGACUCUCGGUGCCGAGAUCGAAAAGCUCAUAAAGCAGCAGAGAGAUCCCGAGGACGGAGUAAGGAUGAAGUGACACGACCACCUCACAGGACCAGGAACUACUUGAGGAACCUCCGAGCUACCGUUUUACACACAUGAAGAAUGAGUUAAAUGUUAAGAGCCAGCAGGCUGUUUCCAGAAGGAGCCCUCGAAUUGUGUCCGUUUGGAGAAAAUAUCUAAACUUACUUGAAUUAUCUCUAUUCCAUCCAUAUUUUACCCUCUUUUUUUCGCCUCUGACACUACAAAUUUUCCUCUGGCUCACCUCUCGAUUCCCCUGAACCUCGCCAGUCGCUUCAAGCUUGAAACUCUAAUUGCCUUGUAAAAUAAUUGACUGAGGAUGCCAUCAUUCUGAAUGUAUAUCAAA